ACAGCGCCAGGACAGAGCCCAAGGGGUCAGCUCGGGCAGGAGGAGCCGCGGCCUGAGGAAGUUGGUGGGCGCCUUGCGGGGUCCCCAUUCCCAGCGGAGCGGUCGCGUCGCGGCCACCUGCCCAUAAGGCCAUUUCUUUCCAACUUCAGCUACAGUGAUAGCUAAGUUUGGAAAGAGCAACACGGGGGUUAGGCCGUUUCGUCCGCUGCUGCUUCUUGGCGCUGCGCUCUGCCCCGCUCUCCUCUCCACGGUACCCCCGAGCUCGCCGCUGCGCUCGUCUCGUGGGUCUGCGUGCGCGCGUGUCUGCCGGCCCGCCUCUGUCGCGCUCUCUCACGAGAGCAACAAGCCGCCGAGAGGAAAGGACCCCCCCCCCGCCGGGGAGAGAUUUUUAAAAACAACAGCAACUCAAGAGGUGCCAAGCUGCUAUAUAUAAGCCAUGGCAGAACAGCAAAGCAAGCAAGGAUGCUGUGGAUCCUGUGCCAGUUAUUUCACCUCUGCAAAAUUCCUACUGUACCUUGGCCAUUCCCUGUCCACUUGGGGAGAUCGUAUGUGGCACUUUGCAGUGUCGGUCUUCCUGGUUGAACUGUAUGGAAACAGUCUGCUCUUGACUGCUGUUUAUGGGCUGGUUGUGGCAGGUUCAGUUCUUCUUCUAGGAGCCAUUAUUGGAGACUGGGUAGACAAGAACCCAAGGCUCAAAGUGGCCCAGACAUCCUUAAUUGUGCAGAAUGCAUCGGUCAUCUUGUGUGGCAUCCUUCUGAUGAUGGUUUUCCUGUUUAAGACUCAGCUUUUGGCUCUAUAUCAUGGGUGGCUUCUGACCCUUUGCUAUAUCCUAGUCAUCACAAUAGCAAACAUUGCAAAUCUAGCCAGCACUGCCACAUCAAUUACCAUACAGAGAGACUGGGUCGUUGUUGUUGCGGGUGAAAACAGGAGCAAAUUAGCAGAUAUGAAUGCUACAAUACGAAGAAUUGACCAGCUGACCAAUAUCUUGGCCCCAAUGGCUGUUGGGCAGAUAAUGACCUUUGGAUCACCUGUGAUUGGCUGCGGAUUCAUUUCUGGGUGGAACUUGAUUUCCAUGUGUGCAGAAUAUAUGCUGCUGUGGAAAGUUUACCAGAAAACUCCUGCUUUGGCUCAUAAAUCCAGUUCAAAGGUUGAGGAGUCAGAACUGAAGCAGCUGAACAUGCAGAAAGAUGGCGAGUCAAAGCCCAACGAAGGAGUCCAGUUAAUUGGCGAGAAAGACAUGGCUGUCUUUGAGCCCAAACUGGAGGAAGAAGUUAGCUGUCUUUCCCGAAUGGCCGAGCCUUUCAGUACGUUCCGGGACGGAUGGGUGGCCUACUACAACCAGCCGGUGUUCCUUGCAGGGAUGGCCCUUGCGUUCCUUUACAUGACUGUCCUAGGCUUUGACUGCAUUACUACUGGCUAUGCAUAUACUCAGGGACUGAGUGGCUCCACUCUAAGCCUCUUAAUGGGGGGUUCUGCCAUAACUGGAAUCCUGGGUACUGUCGCCUUCACCUGGCUGCGUCGCAGGUGUGGCCUGGUUCGUACGGGUAUCAUCUCUGGAGUGGCCCAGUUGGCUUCCCUCGUCUUGUGUGUGAUUUCGGUGUUCAUGCCUGGAAGUCCUUUGGACCUGACUGUUUCCCCGUUUGCUGACAUCAGCGCUAGGUUGUUUGAAAGUAACCCGUUGCCUACUAUGGCGCCUCAAGGCGAGCUCCUGGAAAUGCCCUUUACAACUGGAAUGCCUUCCUUGUUCAAUGAGUCAACUUCUGAUCCGGGUUUGGCUCCCAACCCUGUGCCUAUUGUCUCCGUAAGCCUUCUGUUUGCAGGAGUCAUUGCUGCGAGAAUUGGACUGUGGUCUUUUGACCUGACCGUCACGCAGUUGCUGCAAGAAAACGUGAUCGAAUCAGAAAGAGGUAUCAUAAAUGGCGUCCAAAACUCCAUGAAUUACCUUCUGGAUCUCCUGCAUUUUAUCAUGGUCAUCCUAGCUCCUAACCCAGAAGCUUUCGGAUUGCUGGUGCUUAUUUCUGUUUCCUUCGUUGCAAUGGGCCAUCUCAUGUACUUCCGGUUUGCCCAUAAAACCCUGGGGAGGAAUGUCUUUCUCUGCUGUACCCCUGUGCCAAAAUCAGUGUCUGACGAACCACCAGCUUGUGAUGCGUCAAGUGUCUAGAGAGAGUUUCACUUAUUGCUGCCAGUGCUUGUUUUUCCUGUCCAUGUACAUAUAUAUAUAUAUAUAUAUAUGCUUUAUUAUGGGUCAGGGGUAGCUGGUACCUCUUAAAAGUGGUGCUCAACGCUCCACCUCAGUGCUUCUCAAACUGUUUGGCCUUUGGACACAUGAUCACGUGUGGCUUUUCCCCAGUUAGAAGUGGCAUAGCUUAUUUAUUUAAGGGGAGAUCUCCUGAGUAGUGUUUUUUUUUUGUAAGAAUGAUAAUUAAAAAUAAAAAUAAGUAAAAGAUAAAUAUGAUAAAUCAAAAGACAAAUUGAAUGAGAAUGAAUUUUGUUCUGAUUCCGCCUCCCCCCC